AUGGCUUACUCUCAAACUCAGAAGAUGGAAAGUAAAGUGAAUAUCAAAGUAUCUGCUGAGAAGUUAUAUGAUGUUUUCUGCAACAAAACACACCAGAUUGGAAACAUUUUCCCUGAAAAAGUACAAUCUGUUGAAAUUUAUGAAGGUGAAUGGGGCAAUGAAGGAUCCAUCAUCGCCUGGAAGAUUUUGUUUGAGGGAAAAGCUUGGGUGGUGAAGGAGGUGAUUGAAAGCAUAGACAAGAAAAACCACAAAAUAACCUUCAAGGUUAUAGAUGGAAAUCUGCUGGAACAUUACAAGAGCUUCAAGUAUAUCCUGCAAGUUACUCCAUUGGAAAAGGGAGGUGUUGCAAAUUUGGCUCUGGAAUAUGAGAAACAAAAUGACCAAACUUCUGAUCCUCACAUCAUGUUAAAAUUUUCAACUGAUGUGUUAGAAAAAGUUAAUGAUUCCCUUUCUGAGGGCCACAACUAA